GUAAAUACUUGUGGCUUGGCGUCGCCCAGGGCAGGUUUUUUCCAUCUACUGACACUAACAUACUCUUGGAUUUUACUCUCUACAAUGUCGAUCAAUGAGAAAUUGUUUUAUGGGGAGCCCUCCAGCACCAGGUCAAAAUAUGUCUGUAUAUUGGAGGACAGUGACUCAGAACUGGAGGUUGGCGACCUAGAAUUGCUUGACAGUGGCGAUGAAUACUUGUCACUGGAUGUGUUGAUGUCAAGUGAUGAUGAGGAGGAAGAAAGGCCAGCCAAAACGCAGAAAUUAGUCAAGAAAAAGAAAGGUAUUACGAUUGAGGAGUACCCUGAUGAAGAACACAUUUAUGAUGAUCUUGUUCUUCAAGGUCAACCUCGAUGGUUCCAGGUUGACCUCAAAAAUGACCCUUUGCCUGUAUAUGAACAUGAAAAGCCUCUUGAAAUUAGGUCUCCAUAUGAGUAUUUUUGUGAUUUCUUUACUCCAGACAUGGUAGAUAACAUAGCAUAUCAAACAAAUUUGUAUGCCAAACGAAAAACCAAACUUACUGAUUUUGCAACAGAUUCUGAAGAGAUUAUGAGGUUCAUAGGUAUUUUGUUGUUCAUGAUUAUUGCUCCAUUACCAUCACUCGAAGACUAUUGGAAAAGUUCAUUUAGGCUGCCCCAGGUUGCAGAAGUCAUGGGGUCUAAGAGGUUUGGGUUACUUAGACGUACAAUUCAUUUCAAUGACAACACACAAAAGGAUAAUGACAGAUUCCACAAAAUAAGGCCUCUUUACACUGCACUAACUAAUGCUUGCGUGAAAGUUCCAGCUACACCCAGGCAGUCUAUUGAUGAAGUUAUGGUUGGUUUCAAGGGUGAAACUGCUGGAAACCUAAGACAGUACAUCAAAACCAAACCAGACAAGUGGGGUUUCAAACUGUUUUGUCGUGCAAGUGAAGAUGGAAUCAUACAUGAUAUACUCAUGUAUCAAGGCACACCAACUUUUGACAGCCAUCCCAUAAAGCUUCAACAGGAAGAAACUAAACUACCAAUAAGUACAAAGAUUGUUCUGGUACUUGCAGCAACUAUAAACAAGACCAACACAUCAGCAAUCUAUGCUGACAAUUUCUUUUCAAGUCUACCUUUGGUCAAGCUACUAAGAGAUAAGUAUAACUGCAGAUACACUGGAACAGUACGUGAAAAUAGAUGUGGUAAGCCAGAACUGAUGUCUGUCAAACAAAUGGAAAAGAAAAGUGUGGACAGGGGCAAUUUUAGCUUCAAAAACAAUGAUGGUGUCCUUGUUGUAAGAUGGAAGUAUAACAAAGUUGUGACUUUAGUGACAAGUGAUGUAGGGGUCAAUCCUGUGAGUCUUGUUGAAAGAUAUAACAAGGAUACAAAGACCAAAACCCACUUCCAGUGCCCUGCAGUCAUCAAGAACUAUAAUGCAAACAUGGGAAGUAUUGACAAAAGUAACAUGUUGGUGCAUCUGUACAAAACACCAAUGAAAUCUAAACGUUGGUACAUGCGGCUGUUUGCCUAUGUUCUUGAUCUUUCUGUUGUGAAUGCAUGGCUUCUUUACUGCCGUGAUUGUCGAGCACUAAAUACCAAGUGCAUGGCAUUGAAGUAUUUCAGGAAUGAUAUCUCUGUCACUGCAAGGUCUAAAGGACAAAAGUUUAGAGGCAGCACCCUAAGAGCAUCUGCAAGAGCUCACCAAGUACUUCCAAUGGUGUCAGCAUAG